AUGGGGGACAUAUCGCAAAGUUAUGAAGAUGAAUUUAGGAUUGCGAUAAAAACAUUACAAGAAUUCGGUGGUAUACCAGUAACGGGUGAGAUAGAUGCAGCCACUAAACAGCUGUUACUGAAGAAGAGAUGUGGACGGCCAGACCGGGAGUCAGACGAGAGUACAAGACACAAGCGGUUUGCAGUUCAGGGCGAGAAGUGGAAGCACACCAACUUGACUUGGAGUAUCCCAAGAGUGAAAAGCUUGGCUAGUGAUGGUCUAUUUGAAGUGGAAACAGCCACAGAGCACGCGGAUAAUUUGAAAAGUUCACAAUCACCUGCAAGAACGAACCCGCAGCUUCAGCACAAUUUCCUGUCGAAUUAA